GAAAAAAACGCGACCAUCCAGUUGCAAAUUAUGACAGAUGUCUGCCGCUGAGGUUUUUAAAACAGUUACAAUAAUUCAUAAAUUAAUAUUUGUAGAUAAUCGAUACUACUUGAAAUAUAAUACAGUCUUUGUAGUAGCCCUUGUAAAAUGUGUAAUACGAAAAUAAUUAUUUUCCCACGGCAUUUAUAUUCAUGUUCAUUAGAACUUUCAAUGAAAAAUGAUAAAUCAUUAUAAUCACUCAUGUGGUAAAUACCUAGACCACAUCACCCGGAAACCUCUGAUAAGUUAAACUUUUAAAUGUUUGCUCUGUUCGAUAUUAAACUAGUCAUCCGUCGGAGCUGCAAUUUAUUUUUGCUGGUUACUUUUGCACAAAAUUGCAAUGAAAGUUUUUAAUAGUUUGUGUGUGUUUGUGUUGUUCUAUGGCGUCGACGGAAAAUUUCGUAAUGACUACAAGUUUUACGAGGAAGCAGGGGGUUGGCUCAACCUGCAUGAAGUGCCGGCUACAUGGAACAAUGCGUGGUAUAAAUGUUUUAGAGAAGGUGCUGUUCUUGCGUCCCCAGAAAAUGAAAGUCUAUUUUCCGCUAUGAAGUCUCUAGCGGCUGAGCACACCAAAUCGUGCGGCGUAUACACGGGGAUUCACGCCACAUUCUCUAAAGGGGACUACUACUCUAUCGAAGGUAUUCCGCUCUCGAAGAUCCCCGUAUCUUGGGCCCCAGACGAACCGGACAACUUUCAAAAUGGCGAAGACUGUAUCAUCAUGCUGAUGAAUGGUACAGUGGCGGACGUACGCUGUACUGACGUGUACCCUUUUCUAUGCUAUAAGAAAAAGACUAAAAACAUGUUUAUGGGUGGAUGCGGCACGGUUGAUACAGGGUACUCCUUUGACGCACGGACCGGUAGUUGUUACAAGUUUCACCGGCUGCCUCAGACCUGGCCCCGUGCCUUCGCAGCAUGUUCAGGAGAGGGCGGCCACUUAGCUAUCAUCAACAGCGACCUGGAAGCCCAGGUCAUCAAGGAGCUGUACGCAAAGUACCCUGACUCUACAAUGCCGGGGAACUUCGUGAAGCAUUCCUCUCAUAUAGGCCACUGCGAUUGGGGCGAGCGAGGACUAUGGCUCACUAUUCAUGGACAAACGCUACAAGAGGCAGGUUAUGACAAGUGGUCCAAGGGGGAGCCGGCAAAUUCUACGCAAGGCUCUAUAGGUCAAUACUGCGGCGCCGUGCACCGAGCCGGCACUCUCAACGAUGUGUGGUGCAAUCUGCCCACUCCCUUCAUCUGUGAAAAAGCGCCAGACAGCUUGGUUGAUGAUGAAUAGGUUUUUGAUGUUCAGGGGUUCGAAAACAACCAGCCACAUAACUAUGAAUUUUAAAUUUAGAAUUAAAUGAGACUUUGCUGAUGUCAAAAUGAGGCAUUCGAGGGGUUGACGUAUCCACAGUCAUACGAAUUCGACUUAAGAGCCCUUAUUCCUUAGAGCGUUCUCCGAUUUCACGAAAUAACGCUCGAUAGAUGGCGUUGGCGCUCGGUACGCGAGCGACGGCAACGCGACGCGUGUUUCAACAUUCAAUGCAGACAAGAAUAAUUUUGAUAGUUUUCAAUAUAAUUUCAAGCAACAUUAAUUUUAAAAUAAAUUUAAAAGUGGAAAAAUUACUGUCUUGGGUGAGACUUGAACUCACGGCACUCACCCGAGGCAGUAAUUUUUCCACUUUUAAAUUUAUUCUAAGCUUAAUAGCAUCGUCUCUGCUUGUUAAAAAUAAAUUUAAUAUUAAUUUUAGUAUUAUAUCGUAAGGGCACUAUUUUUACUUUAUACGUAUAGUAGUGGUGUACAGAGUGUACUAUAAACCCUUGCUCUUUAUUCUAUCUCUUUCACACCAAUGGAAAAUGAAAUAGAUAGUAAAUGACUGUAGGCUAUAAAUAAAAUGUGCUUAUGGCUAAAUUUUCAGAAAGUCACGGCAUGAAUUGUAUAGCUUGAAUUGUGUUGGCUAAGCACCCAGGGUGCCUAGCCAAGAUGCCAAUCGUUUGCGCAUAUUAGUGCGAUAGAGAGACAGUGUUUCGUUGUCGUAGCGUAAAUGAUUGGCAUGUUGGCUAGGCACCACGGGUGCGUAUAUUAGUGCGAUAGAGAGACAGAUAGUGUUUCGUUGUCGUAGCGUAAACGAUUGGCAUGUUGAUUACGCACUCGUGCUGCCUAGCCAAGAUGCUAAUCGUUUGCGUAUAUUAGUGCAAUAGAGAGACAGAUAGUGUUUCGAUAUCGUAGCGUAAACGAUUGGCAUGUUGACUACCCAUAAUGGAGUUAUGAUCGUUUAUUAGCUAGUACAGGCCGGAUGGUGCAAAGAGUGCAAAAGGCCUGCACACGUUACUGUUUUGGAGUCACCCCACGAGAGCACGUGACGCCAUAUUUGAACUCGGCACGUAUUCUUAAAAUGUCACUACGCAGAGAAUUGCAUCUUUCAUCUCUGUUAUUUGGUGUUUUUAAAACGUUUAAACCAGAGUAUCUAUUUAAUAAGUUUAAAUUUCGUGGUAGCAGGUCAAGCUUGUAUGGAAUCAGAUCGGUUUGCGAUGAUUUGUUACUGCCUCGCUGUCACUUUGCCGUUUUCAAAGGUAGUUUUAAAUACUCAGCAACAAAAUGCUGGAUUAACUUACCGCCACCUAUCAAAAACUUAAAUACAAUUAGUACUUUUAAAUUAAAACUCAAACAACAACUUCUAGAAUAUCAAAGCAUGCUACCUCCUGGUACUAGAGUAAAACCGUCGUAUCUGUAGUGGUCGAAAUCGUUCUUAUGCGCCGUUCAACUUUGUUAAUCUCGGUACCUACUUAUAGUAAAAUUAUUACAUUCAUGUUAUUAUUUCCUCAAUAUAUACUUUAUUACCCAACGUAUUUAUUUAGCCUAAACAUUAAACCUACUUUCACAUAUGUCAUAGUAUCGUACAGUAUAAUCUUAUAAAUAUAUCCAUAAACAUAAACAUAUAUUUGCAUACCUAUAUUAUUUUCUACACAAACUAAAACAGUCUUAGCCAUACAGUUUCCGACAAGCAGCAAGCAAAUUCGUAUUGUACGAAGGGUCGGCCUGAAAACCAGCGUUGUAGCAGGUAAGCCUGCUGCAACGCAUGCUGAGGUUCGCUCCUUUUUAGCAUCAUAAUUUUAAAAGUUUUUUUUUAUAUCUACAUGUAAACAUAAAUUUGUGCGUAAUUAAGUUUCAUUUUAAGGCUUGUAAUGUUUUGUAGCAUUGCCUGUAAACAUUUUUCAAUGUGGUGUUAAAUAAAAAAUGUCUAUGUUUAUGAUGAGUCGAAUUGUCGUUUUGAUGACCAACUCCUGACUCCAUCAUGAGACCCUGGACCUCAUCUAAAUCGAUGGUGCUCGUCAAGGCAAAUCUAUUGAGCCCAAACACGAUGGAGUUAUGAUGAGUAGAUUAGAAGUUUUGGUGACCAACUCCUGACUCCAUCAUAAGAUCCUGGACCACAUCUAGAUCGAUGGUGCUCGUCGGGGCAAAUCUUUUGAGCCCAAAUAUGAUGGAAUUAUAAUAAGUAGAUUAGGAGUUCUGGUGACCAACUCCUGACUCGAUCAUGAGAACCUGGACUUCAUCCGGGUCAAAAAUAAUAAUGCAAACCCUAACGUAAUUUCAAGUAACACUGAAAAUCUAUCAAUAAGCGAGAGUCGGUUGUUAAGCGUAGUGUAAAAAUGUAUUUGUAUUCACUCGUAAUGUAUCCAAUUUUAUGCAUAAUUUUAUCAAAUUUCCAUAAAAUUGGAUAUUUUUGUUCUAUAGGCUGCAUCUUACACUAUGCAAUUCCUGGGGCGGCCCCUGGCGUGGCAUGUAACAUGCGUUGAUACGUUAGCCCCAUCUCAUGUCCGGUGCUCUGCCAGGAAGCCGGGGACGGCAGCAUACGACGCCCAAAUUGCCAAUGUAUUUGCGGCACUUGCGAUUGAAACUUUCGGUUCUUGGUCGACAGACACCAAAAAACUAGUAAAAGAAAUUUCUACCAAAUUAGUCUGGGAGUCUGGCGAACUACGAGCUGGCGCUUUUUUGCACAAAAACUUAGCCUCACUGUGCAGAGGGGGAAUGCAGCCAGUGCCCUGGGACCAAUCCAUCAGGCUAAUUUAGUCUUAGAUUUAUGAUCAUAUAGCUAAACUAUGCAAUUAAAGGUUAAAAGUCUUAAAAUACAAAUCAAAAUGGGUAGGUAAAUAAAUCAGCCUUAAGUUUACGUAUUUUUAUCGAGCCCAAGUUAAAUAGAAACAUUAAAAUAUAGUCUUAUUUUGUUCUAACAAUAAAGGAUACCUUAAGCACAUA